UCCUCCAGGCGUGGAGUACUGUAAUCCUUCUUUUUCCAAUGUCUGCUUGCCAUUAAAAAAAAGGGGAUUACGUCUGGAGGCAAGCGGAAUAAGAGCCGGAGAUACAAUGAAUGCUCAUCUGUGCCGCUACCGUACUCUAAAUCUUGGCUUUAUAUUUUGUCUCAAAAUUUUACAGGAAAGUGAAGGAUGCGUUCUACAAGACAUCCAGUAAAAGGAAAUGUCUAUUCAUUUGAGUGUGCACUUUACCUUGGCUCCUGUUACCUUGACUGGCACUUGGAAAUUUCCGUAUAUGACAGCACGAAGUGGUUUUCGAGGACCUGAUCUCACUUUUCUUCUAUGCUUGACAUUGCUGUGAGCUUCCUUUUGCAGAUAGAAAGUUUUGUUGUUAAAAAUGAAUUCUGAUGUAAAUUGAAUCAUGAUCUACUACAGUGGGACCCCAUUAAACCCAUUCUCAGACCAAAUGCAUCCUGACCAGGAAGAAUUGUCUUCAAACUGAGAACCAAAGUGAAAAACAAAAUAUGAGAGCAUAGCUAAACUACAGAUCUUAAUACCAAAUAAAAUCCAUCUGGCUGUAGAUGAUCAUCUUCCUCAGGUGCUGUUACACUGACUCAUGUGGUGUGAGGUGUGAUGUUGUCAGACAUUCAGCACUCUCUCUGCACUACUCUCACACUAAAGCUGAACAUCUUUCUUCCAUUUUUCCUUCAGCAUGACAAAAAGGAAGAAUACAUUCUGUAUGGAGGGAGAUUAGCAUGGUGAGGAAGUAGCUGAUGGCUCCUGGUCAGGAUAGUAACCUCAAAGCAAGCCAUCAUUACUGAGUCCUCUGAAUGGGAGUUUGUCCACGGUGAGAAAGGGACGAUUGAACUGAAAUUAUGCUCUCAGAGGAAUCAUAUAUGAGAGAAAUUACGGAAGAAAUAUAACUCAAGACAGAAGGCAUCAAUUACCUUCUUGAUGUGUGGCUGAUUUCUUGUAAUUAUCAAACGGCAGCCUCCAAUUUUGCUGUGAGCUAGAGUGGCCUAAUGGCGAGAUACUCAUCAUGAAAGUCACACUGGCAGUGAACGUAUGAAACAUAUCAUUUCUUAUAAUUGCAGUUUACGGCAAAUCCGUGCCUUUUGUGUAGAAACAUUUGUCUCCUUUCUCAGAUUGCAAAGCACAUGUUGAUAAAAUCCGUUUUGUCAGCACCGUGUCGGCGCUAAUCCUGCUUUUAUCCAUUUUUGUUUUUUAAUUGCUACAUAGGUGUACUCGUAAGAAGCUCUUUACGUGGUUAGGAAAAGCGUUUAAGGUUAUAGGCGUCAGAGGACAGCUCACGAGCAAACGUGUUUUGGCAGCAGCGGCGGGAAAACUGUGUUUGCUCAAGUGAUGCGUUUGUACAAUUCGGAGGUACUUCUGGUUUGUUGAGUUUUUCCAUUUCUGCUGCUUUACAGUCAAAAGCCACUCACAAGCUUAUAUAACGCUGCAUUCAUGUGAUGUGAUUAUUUUGAAAUUCAGAUCCAAAAUGCUAAAUGUUAUAAACAAAUAACCCCUUCUUGAUCAGCUGUAAAUAUAACAUUAUUCUGCCAUAUAUGCACACCAGCCGCUUCAUUAGGUAAACCUUGCCACUCUUUUUGACUUCUGAACUUCCUUAAACCUUGGUGGCACAUAUUCAACGGUGUGCUGCACAUCCGUGAAAUGAAUCUCCCAUUAAACCACAUCCCAAAGGUGCUCUGGUGGAUUGAGAUUCGGUGACUGUCUAGGCCGUUUGAGAACAGUGAACUCCUUGUUAUGUUCAAGAAGCCAGUUUGAGGUGGUUUUAGCUUUGUGACAUGUUCUCUUUUCCUGCUAGGAGCAGCCAUCAAAAGAUGGGCACACUGUGUUCAUAAAAGGAUGGACAUGGUCAGCAACAAUGAUCAAAUAGGCUGUUGUGUUUAAACCAUGCUGGAACUAAGGAGACCAGAGUAUGCCAAGUGGUUAUCUGAGUUUUUCUUGCUUUCCUAUCAUCUGAAAGCAGUCUGACUCAUUCUGCUCUGAACUCUGACGUUAACAAGGCAUUUUCACCCAGAGAAGCACCGCUCACUUGGCUUUUUUUCAGACCAUUCUCUGUAAACCCGAGAGAUGGUUGUGUGGGAAAAUCCCAGCAGAUCAGCAUUUUCUGAAAUACCCAGAUCAGCCUGUCUGGCACCAACAACCAUUACAUUUUUUUCUCCGUCUGAUGCUCAGCUUGAACUUAAGCAGGCCAUUUUGACCAUAAAUACAUGCCUAAGUGCAUAUGGUUGCUGCCAUCUCGUUGGCCGAUUAGAUAUUUCCUAUAACAAGACAACACGUUCUCACUCCCAAAGUGUAACAUAUUACAUGUGACAAAUAGUCGGUAAGUUACUCUUUCGGCCACCCAACACAUUCCUAUGUUACUCAUUCAGAAACAGGAGGAAACAUGAGAACCAUUUGGACUGAAUCUACACAUGUACAUUUAUUUUACUUUCUCCUCAUGAAUCGCUCUGGAAAACACUAUCUAACACCAUUAAGGUUGUGGUUAAGGUUAGGGAUAAGGUUUGGGUUAGGGUUAGGACUGGAAUACACUGCUGGAACGUGUGUUACCGCCGGGAGCAUCAUUCUAUUGGAUUCCAUCCACAAUCAGGUGCAUAUCAUAGGGACUCGGAAGGUUACCUUUCACAUUCCCCUGGGACACCUCGGGACGUUACAAAUCGUCGGCAUGUUACGCGUCGGGAAUGAGAAUGCUCUGAACAAGAAGUUGAACAGGUGUACCUAACAAAGUGGCCCAUGAUCAAUUUAUAAGUUAGCAUACUGAGUACAUGUAUUAUGUAUUAUGUAUUUGGUGCUUUAACUCUAAUUUAUCCACACCAGUUUACAGCAGUAGACUGGCUUAGGGAGUGUAUGUUAAAGCAGAGACUGUAUAGUUUGUGCCUGGAAUUUCUUCCUUACAGAUGAUCUAAUGUUUGUAUUUGUACAAUACUUUACUCAGGCACUUCCUUCUGUGACGUCAAUAAUGUGUAUGGAUGCUGAUAGUCAACAGUCUUCAAAGAGAGCGACACCAAACUUGGCAAUAUCUUGGAUGACUUACAGUGUGUGUGUGUGUGUGUGUGUGUGUGUGUGUGUGUGUGUGUGUACUUGUUUAGGCAUCUUUGUGAGGACAGAAAAUUGGCAUGUCACUAUACUUGUGAGGACCAACAGUCUUAUAAGGACAAAAUGCCUGUCCAUACAAGUUUUAAGGCAUUUUUGAGGCUCAAAAUUAGAUUUUAGUGUCAGAUUUACAAUUAUGUUAUGGUUAGGUUUAGGCUAAGGGUUAGGGUUAGGCAUUCAUUUUGGAUGGUUGGGGUAAGGCUAAGCGUGUGUGUGUGUGUGUGUGUGUGUGUGUGUGUCAGACACAUAAACAUUGGCAUGACCUGUUUUGCUUUGACAAACAAUUCAGUUUGCUGCCUUACUUGAUUUUCCUGUUUAAGCUUUAGUGGCCAUGUUUGAAGGCAAAACAGACAUUAUAAACGAGUGGGAGAGGGAAGUGCUCUUCUAAAAUAUAGAAGGAAGGGUAAGAAUAAGAGGAAGGCAGGGACACUUGAAGACUCAAAUGUUUUGGCUGCCCUUCUCAAGUCCGCAGAGUUCUUCGACAUGCUGGAAAAGAUGCAGGUCCCUAAAGCUGAAGAGACCAAAAAAUGGAAGGAUGACUAUAUCCCCUACCCACGGAUAGAAGAUGUCCUAGAGAAGGGUGGUCCAUACCCCCAGGUAAUCCUGCCCCAGUUCGGGGGUUAUUGGAUUGAGGAUGUGGAGGCACCAGCAGGAACUCCAUCUUCCUCAGAAUCUAGUUUCUGUGAGGAGGAAGACGGAGGAGAGGGCAUGAGCCCCGGUGGGGGGCACAGCUACCGUCUGGAGUGCAACAGCACAGCCCGUGCCUACCGCAAACACUUCUUGGGCAAGGAGCACAUGAACUACUAUUGCACCGGCAGCAGCAUAGGCAACCUCAUCAUGUCCCUGAAACACGAAGAGGCUGAGGGACAGGAGUUCCUGCGCAUCAUGCUCAGGUCGAGGACCAAAACAGUUCACGAUAGAAUCUCUUUAGCAGGGCUCAACCAGCUGCCCAGUGUACCACAGAUUGCCAAGGUCUUUUGUGAUGAUGCCACAGGGAUGAAGUUCAACCCGGUCCUGUACCCACGGGGAUCCCAGUUAAUAGUGGCUUAUGAUGAACAUGAGGUGAACAACACGUUCAAAUUCGGAGUCAUCUACCAGAAGUUUGGACAGACAUCAGAAGAGGAGCUAUUUGGAAACAAUGAGGAGACGCCAGCUUUCAAGGAGUUUCUCAGUAUCUUAGGAGACACCGUUGAACUUCAAGAUUUUAAAGGGUUCCGUGGUGGGCUGGACGUGUCCCAUGGACAGACGGGGUCUGAAUCUGUCUACACCGUCUUCAGACAGAGGGAGAUUAUGUUCCACGUGUCAACUAAGCUUCCCUUCACCGAGGGUGAUGUUCAGCAGCUCCAAAGAAAAAGGCACAUAGGAAACGACAUUGUGGCCGCAGUCUUCCAAGAAGAGCCCACACCGUUUGUUCCGGACAUGAUCGCCUCCAACUUCCUGCACGCCUACGUCCUGGUGCAGGCUGAGAACCCCUGCACAGAGCACACGACAUACAAGGUGUCUGUUACAGCGAGGGAAGAUGUACCUUCAUUUGGACCUCCCCUCCCAAACCCAGCCAUCUUCAAGAAGGGUCCAGAGUUUCGAGACUUCCUGCUGACAAAGCUGAUCAAUGCUGAAAAUGCCUGCUACAAAUCUGACAAAUUCGCCAAACUGGAGGGGCGAACACGAGCCGCGCUGCUGGACAAUCUCCACGACGAGCUGCACAGACAGAGUCAAAGCGCGCUUGGUCUGGGCCAGGUCGGAGAGGAGGACAAGCUUGAGAACGGUGGACACGGAGGCCUGCUGGAGUCCUUCAAGAGAGCCAUGCGGGUCAGGAGCCACUCCAUGGAGACCAUGGUAGGGUCUCACCGUCACAGGAGCCCCGGUGUAGGAGGUGGUGUUCCAGCCAGCCUCAGUGGUGGAGGUCUGCCGCAGAGCACCAGCGAAUGCACAAAGAGCACCUUCACUCCUCCUGUACUCUCAGCCAAGUCUCCCCUGAAGAGCCCUGUAAAACGGCGCUCGGGUCUCUUCCCCCGUCUCCACUCCAGCACAGAAACCUCAGACAAACACACGCGUGGCGACCAAAAGUUUGCAGAGAGCUGUUCACUGUCCCAGGAUGUGAAAUCAGAGACGUCAUCCAAUCCGAGCUCACCUGAGAUCUGUCCCAACAAAGAAAGGCCGUUUGUCAAGCUGAAGGAGUGCGGCGGCGGCAGGCAGAACAUUUCUCGUUCUUCUUCCAGCACCAGCAGCUUCAGCAGCACCACGGGAGAAACAGAAGCUCUGGAAGAACUGGAGACGGCCAGCCAUCCAUCCAUAGCUUCUUCCUCUGCCUUCAGCCCCGCACUCAACAUAGAAAGCCAAGGGUCCUGCACCCCUGUCAUCAUGUGCCGCAGUCCAACAGAUGGAAAAACUAAAACUUCACCGAGGUCAAACUUGAAGUUCCGCUUUGACAAAAUGAGCCACUCAUCCACGACUUCUGAGUAGCUUUGGGUGGAACGGAAAAAACUCCCAACCUUGCACAAUGAAAGGACAGCACCUGCUGACAGAGCUGCAAAAAAAAGAAAACAACGACAACAAAAUAAAAAAGUCACAGCAACAACCACAAAAUCACUGUAGAACCACUUCCCAAUGCCAAGGAUAACCUGACAAGGUUACCGAGUCCCCUGCACACUAGAAUCUAACUGAAACUACUGUGAGUGUAUAGGGAGGGGAGCAGCUGACAUUUUGGCUUUUGUUUCUAACCAACCUUUAGCUGCAGAUUAGUCGAUACUCGCUGCACCGUUGCUCGUCCACCUUACGUGAGGGUCUUUGGCAUAGCUGUGAUACUGUGAGUUCAAGCCGAGCUCGGCUUUUUUUCCUCAAGCGUCUUGUUUGAUAGAGAGAAACACGAUGACCACCUAGAAGAAUUGUGACACAAGUUUAUGGCCGAACUGUUAACCUUUAUCUCACUGACUGUUGAGUGCCCAGUGGAGGAAGAAAAAAAGAAACCAUCAGCCAUCAGGAUGUAUUUGCCUUCGCCCUUGAACGGUACAUCCGGAGACAAAAACUGCGCACAGAAGACUCGCAGUAGCAAGACCUCGGAGGCGCCGCCACUGGGAGUCUUCUCCACUGUGCUCUCUGAGCUUGUUCUUUGCAUAAUGUAAAUGCUUUUUCCAGAGAACAGGUUUUGAUUUCGACGAGGCUUUUUGUAAUCCCGCUAGCUGCUGCAUUGUGUCUACUGCACUAUAAACGUGACGCGUCUCCUCCUAGGACAGCAUUUCUGUAUCCGUAGGGGCAACUUCAUAGCCCUGAACUCAAGAGCUCGGCUAGGGACACAGCAGGGGUGGGGGGUGGGGAGGGGCACUGCCAACACAUUUUGCCACAAGCUUCUUUUAGCCAAAGCUGCGCCUUACAAUCUAUCACAUCACACACAUAAAAAAAAGCCCUUUUUGCCGCUGACACCUUCUUUCUCAGCCUCCGUCUCGUCUCUGUGCGUCUCACUAUGUGAGAGGACGGGGAUCUGGUUACAGCACAGUUGUAGGUAGCCGAUCUACACCCACAUUUGCUCAAAAUAGAUGUUGCACUCAGUGAAAACAUUUCACCUUCUGAUACCUCCCAUUGAAACUCUCUAGCUCGGUGUAUCGGCGUGUACGUACGGCGGCUCUUUAGGACAUCUCCAGGGUUUUUCCCAGGAUGUGAGCUGAUGAGGACGACUUGAAAAAUAUGAAGUUCAGGUUAUAACAAACCACCUAUGAAGUUACAAAGAACACUUUGAAUGUAAACUAUGAGCCUUUAAAAAAAAGGACUUAGCUGUUGCAAAAAUGCAAGUAAAAACUGCAAAGUCAGGUGCUCGCAGGCACAGCAGGACCACGGGUCUAAUCUUCAACUGACAUUAGCCUGGAAAAGAAGCAUAAAGACACACACAUUCGCUUCCAGUGUGACCAAAAACAAUCAAGCUGGUGUGUGUUAGGAAGAAUGUCGGUGUAAUCUUACUGUGUAGGGAACAGUUCCUGUAGUUUAGGCUGGCCUGAGAGUGUAAAAGGUUUAAUAGCUAGGUUCACCCAAAUUACAAACACCCUCUGUGAUUUACAUGUAGGUCACCUUUUAACUUGCCAGGAAGCUGUUCUAACUUGAGUAGUACCUUUCUAAUUUAUCAGGACUAGAGGCAGGCGUGUUGCCUAACACACGCUGCCCUCGGUCGGUGAUUACCUCGAGUAAGGGAAGCAGGGAUAGAAAUCCUCUGGGGAAGUUCAGAUGUCAUAUAGUUUGUAGCAGGUGUCGCCUAAAAAAAAAAUGCCCUGCAGCCUUUCCUUUGUUAAUACGCUUAAGUUAUUAAACUUUUUUUUGCAUCGAUGUCAUGUAAAAAUUGUUACUGCAGAGUACGCUAAUUAACGGUAAAAUGAUUAAAGGAAAUAUAUUAAGUUAAAAGAUGUCUAAACAUGUAUAUGUAUAUUUGGUUAUGUAAUGUGCCAUUGAGAAUUUAUUCUAAAAUAAAAUGUUGUAUUUUGUGUCAUA